CGAGCUUCUGUCCUGUCCUGUGUUGCCGAGGGCUGUGCUGUGCCACGGGCCGAAGCCUUGGGCCGCGUUCCCCCCCUGGGCCGCUUCGGCUCAAGCCGUGGCCCUCCCAGGAGCCCCGAGCGCUCCCUGGCCCAAACGCACCCCUCGGUGGGCCCUCUGGCCUCCCGCCGUGCCAACGGAUGGUCGCCGCGGGAAGGUACCACACGGUCCUGCUCAGGAGCGACGGCACGGCCGUGGCCUGCGGCGACAAUAGUGGCGGCCAGUGCGCCGUGCCAGCGCUGGACGGCGGCCGGACCUACACGCAGGUCGCCGCGGGAGGCGACCACACGGUCCUGCUCAGGAGCGACGGCACGGCCGUGGCUUGCGGCGACAAUGCAUUCGGCCAGUGCGCCGUGCCAGCGCUGGACGACGGCUGGACCUACACGCAGGUCGCCGCGGGAGCCUGGCACACGGUCUUGCUCAGGAGCGACGGCACGGCCGUGGCCUGCGGCGACAAUGCAUUCGGCCAGUGCGCCGUGCCAGCGCUGGACGACGGCUGGACCUACACGCAGGUCGCCGCGGGAGCCUGGCACACGGUCCUGCUCAGGAGCGACGGCACGGCCGUGGCCUGCGGCGACAAUACAGACGGCCAGUGGGCCGUGCCAGCGCUGGACGGCGGCCGGACCUACACGCAGGUCGCCGCGGGAGGCAGGCACACGGUCUUGCUCAGGAGCGACGGCACGGCCGUGGCUUGCGGCGACAAUGAAGACGGCCAGUGCGCCGUGCCAGCGCUGGACGGCGGCCGGACCUACACGCAGGUCGCCGCGGGAGCCUGGCACACGGUCCUGCUCAGGAGCGACGGCACGGCCGUGGCUUGCGGCCUCAAUGCAUUCGGCCAGUGCGCCGUGCCAGCGCUGGACGGCGGCCGGACCUACACGCAGGUCGCCGCGGGAGGCAGGCACACGGUCUUGCUCAGGAGCGACGGCACGGCCGUGGCUUGCGGCGACAAUGAAGACGGCCAGUGCGCCGUGCCAGCGCUGGACGGCGGCCGGACCUACACGCAGGUCGCCGCGGGAGCCUGGCACACGGUCCUGCUCAGGAGCGACGGCACGGCCGUGGCUUGCGGCCUCAAUGCAUUCGGCCAGUGCGCCGUGCCAGCGCUGGACGGCGGCCGGACCUACACGCAGGUCGCCGCGGGAGGCAGGCACACGGUCUUGCUCAGGAGCGACGGCACGGCCGUGGCUUGCGGCGACAAUGAAGACGGCCAGUGCGCCGUGCCAGCGCUGCACGGAGCGCUGACGUACACCGCAAGCCUGCUCGUCGGUGGAACGCUGCUUCUGCAGGCGUCGCUCGACGGCGACGCGGUGCGCUUCCUGACCCUGGGCGGUUUGGAGCGCUGCCAGGCCCCGGCGGCGCCCGGCGCGCCGCUCGCCGGCUUGCGCGACUGGCUGGCGGGCGAGUUGGGCGCGGGCAGGCUGGGCCCCGGGCUCGCCCGCGCCGACGCGGCCCUGCCGGGCGGGCGGCUCCUGAGCGGGGCCUCGGCGGGCGAGACCGUCGCG